AUGUUUUACUCAAUUACAAUGCUUUUGAAACCCUUAACUGUGAAAGUGUGCAAUUCUUUGAAAUUCAUAGCUUGAGUGAACUUUUUUCUGUCCUUUUCUCCUCCUUCAAGGCUGUCCUUGGUCUGUCCGUCUGGAUCAGCCUCUCUCAGACAUCACAGCUGUGCCACGCACUCCUUCCUCCACAUCCAUCUCUUCCCUCUCACUCUCCGUCACUGUCUCUGUCGUUCUCCGAUCGCUCUGUCAGUAGUGGUCCUCUCUGCUUUCGUGGGGGAGGCUGGAAUAUCUGGUUUCCUGAACAAUGGAAACUCAAUCAGGAAAUGGACCCGAUGUGAUAAAAGAAGGACAGUUCGCUCGUUCGUCUCCUCUCGCCGUGCGGCCUGCGGACGCUAAAGAGGACCUGGAGGAGAACAGGCAGAUUGAGAAGUUUGACAUUCCACUCAACAGCCUGAAGCGAAUGUUUGAAAAUCCUCCACCGCAACAUGUGGAAGUGAGAGGUUCACACUCGUCCAGCGGAAGAGUUGCAGAAAAAUACAAGGGUUUAAGGGAAGAAAUGUCGAAUUCGGAUACAAACCUCAGUGACACUGCGGGCAGCGCAGGUGUUUCACCAUCGGGAGAGCCGCACACUGACGGUGGGCCUGAAACUGUGCCUCUCAAGCAGAGACUGGCUCUAUAUCAAGCUGCCAUAACCAAAGAAGAAAGAAACCCAUCUGUGGUCAUGGACAGCUCUGAGCCCUGCUCUCUGCCAGGUGGCCUGGCAAGCGUAAAGAAACAGUUUGAAAGCCAAGAAUUCAGUUCCUCUGCAUCCCAAAGCACCGUAACACAAUAUCAGUACCAGCAAAGACAGGAGGUGGUGAGCUCAUCAGAGGUGUCGGUGAGAAGCAGUGUAAAAGAAAGCAGUACUGGAAGUGCGCAGGUUUUCCAAGACCAGAAAGUUCAUCAGAGUGUGGCCUCAAGUUUUGGAGAUCAUUAUGAUGAGAAAGAAGUGAUAAUAAUCGGAGGAGAGAAUUUGCCAAAAGUUUCUACUCAAGCUCUGAAACAGCAGCAUGAAAAAAGUAUUGAAGAGGCCAGUCCACCCAAACACAUCAAGAUUGAUGUUGAUUACAACCAGUUUCCCUGGGCCCCAGUAAAUGUGUCUUCAAAGACCACUGCCACAGGUAGUUAUGAGAGAACAGCUGUGACUGAAACAAAGCAAGAGGCCUCAUCCUCCUCUUUGGCUUCCUCGCAGUACGAGUCAGUGGAGCAAUUCCCUCAGACAGAAUCUGCCAUGUAUCAAUAUCAAGUUGCUUCCCAGGUUCCAGGACAAUCUCCUUCCCCUAAACCAACAGAUCAGUCUACUUCAGCUAAAUAUGCAGUCAGUAAAGAGCAGUACUCCAAGCAGAGGAACCUUUAUGAACUCAAGCGCCUCUAUAAACACAUCCACCCAGAAGUACGUAAAAACCUGGAGCGUGAUUUCUUCACUGAGGUGACAGAGAUGGAGCAGGUUUACACGGACAGUGAUGAGGAGGUGAGCAAAGAUGUUCAGCAAGCACGGUAUGUUUUUGAAAACAGUGGCAGUACCAGUCCUGGCAAGUGCAUAAGCCCAGAGAGAGAGUAUCUCGAGUGGGAUGAGAUCCUGAAAGGCGAGGUGCAGUCAAUGCGCUGGAUGUUUGAGAACAAGCCACUAGAUGCAAUUAAAGAUAGUACACCAGAUGAGGAUGAAGGGAGGAACAUUGCCCAACAGGAGAUAAUUGCUGGAAAAGACGUGAGGUUUACCACAUGGAUGUUUGAAACACAGCCUAUUGAUGCUCUGGGGUCAGAAAAAACUGACUCGGCUGAGCACAGUGGAAAAAUAACCGAGCUAGCAAGAGGAGAUGUCCAAACUGCAGCAUGGCUGUUUGAAACACAGCCUCUGGACUCACUCAACAGAAUUUACCAAGAAGAUGAGCAAGACACAAAGGUGAUGUAUACUAAAGACAUUGCAGGGGGAGAUGUUAAAACUGCUAGGUAUUUGUUUGAAACACAACACCUGGACACCCUUGGCCAUACUACUACUAUUGAUGAAAGUAACUUCUUGCAGCUGAAGUCAGAGCUUGAGGAGGUCAAAGGUGAUGUAAAGAUGACAACCAAAAUGUUUGAGACACAACCCAUGUGUGUCAUCCGAGGGGAUUCCGGUGAGAUGCUAGAGAUUACCAAGGUCAGACGUGAAGAGACUGAAAAAGGCGAUGUGAGGACAUCACGUUGGCUCUUUGAAACUCAGCCUCUUGACCUGAUCAACCGAGAUCCAACCAUGGUCAAGUUAAUCUGUGGAGUCUCGAUGGAAGAAAACUAUCAGGGUGGUGUGAACAAGGGAAGAUGGCUGUUUGAGACAAAGACACUUGAUCAAAUCAAAGAUGAUGAGUGGGAAAGCACUAAGACUCAAAGAGAGGAAAUUCUGGGCGCAGAUGUGAGGAGACACUGCAUGAUCUUUGAAACACAGCCAAUGGAUAAACUUAAAGACGACACCAAUGCAAGACCAGUGGAGUCGGAAAACAUUAUGGGUGGUGAUGUUACCUCUGCAAGGUACUUGUUUGAAACCGUGCCAAUGGAGAACCUGAAGGAGUUACCAGAAGUUGGUAAGCUGAAAAAAGUGGUGGCAUCAGAAGAAGAGAAAGGCGAUGUGAGACACCAGAAGUGGGUUUUUGAAAGCAAACCUCUUGAACAGAUCAGAGAUGAAAAGAAAGAUGUCACACGAACUGUUAAUCUAGAGGAACUCGAGAAAGGUGAUGUCACAAAUUACAAGGAGAUAUUCGAGACCAUGGAUCUGAGCAAGUGUACAGAUGCACAGAGGAUUCAGGUGGAGGGGGUAACUAGUGGGGCAGUGAAAUCAAAUAAAGAUUUUUUCGAAUCAGCUCCCUUGUAUGCUGUACAGGACAGCUCAGGGCACUACCAUGAGGUCAAAACUGUGCGUAGAGAGGAAGUUGUCAAAGGUGAUGUGAGAAGCUGCAAAUGGAUGUUUGAGACCCGUCCUAUUGAUCAGUUUGAUGAAAGCAUUACUAAGUUUCAGAUAAUUAAAGGUAUUUCUAAGGAGGAAAUACAAUCGGGUGACGUUAAAACUGCUAAAUGGCUUUUUGAAACCCAACCACUUGAUGGCAUUAAAUUCUUCAGCAAUGUAGAAGAGGAGGACAACAGAAAAAAUGAAAGCAUUGAAAUUCAAAGGGGUGAUGUCAGAACUUGUCGAUGGUUGUUUGAGACCCAACCAAUGGAUGUCUUGUAUGAAAAAGUAGAGACAAAGACAGAGGACACCACAGAUGUUCAGAAAGGAGAUGUUAAAACAUGUACAUGGCUUUUUGAGACUCAGACACUUGACAGCAUCAAGGAUGAGUCUGAGAAUAUCCUGAAAACCUGCACAGUAAAGCAAGAGGAUGUACAGGGCAAGGAUGUGGGUCUAGUCCGCUUUCUGUUUGAGACAGAAAAUUUGGAAAACAUCACAGACGAUGAGGAUCAUAGUGGUUUUAAGCAAAUCACUAAAAUUGACAUUAAUACUGGAGAUGUAUCAAGGAUGAAGUACAUCUUUGAGACACAGUCAUCUGAUAUCAUGACUUCAACAUCAGAGGAAACCAUGCAGAAACUGAAAUCCUAUCAAGCAGAAGACAUUCAGAAAGGAAAUGUAAUGAACUGUACCUGGAUGUUUGAAAACAAGCCGAUAGAUUCCAUAAAGGAAAACCAGGAAGAAUAUAAAGAUGUACGCACAGUAACAGAUAUUCAGGGAGGUAAUGUCGAUAAAGGUCGCUUCAUUUUUGAGACCUACUCAUUAGAUAAAGUUCAGCAAGAGGCAUCUGAUAUUGAGAUCAGCCAACUCCAGAGUAUUACACGUGAGGAGACCGAGAAAGGGGAUGUGAAAAACUACACCAUGAUGUUUGAGACUCAACCACUGUAUGCUAUUAGGGACAAAGAAGGGCACUAUCAUGAGGUUACUACAGUCACAAAAGAAGAGAUAUUAAGAGGAGAUGUGGUUGGGGCAAGGUGGCAAUUUGAAACAAAGCCUCUUGACUCUAUCAGAGACACAGAUGAGGUUUAUGUGAUCAAAGCUGUUACUGAAGAAGACAUCCAAAAAGGAGAUGUCAGCACAGCCAGGUGGAGGUUUGAGACUCAGCCUCUGGAUGAAAUUGUAGAGGAUAUGAAGGUUGCCGUUAAGACAGUGGCAGACAUCCAAGGAGGGGAUGUGAAAACAAAUACACAACGUUUUGAAAAGGAUGACCUGUCAAACAAAUGUGUGAGAACUGUUAGUGUAAGUGAGAUUCAGAGAGGUGAUGUCAGAACCGCCACGUGGAUGUUUGAAACUCACACCAUUGACAAAAUCCGUGGUGAAGGUUCAGAGUAUGAUGAUAUGGAGAAGGUGACACAUGAAGAAGUGGUAAAAGGAGAUGUUAAGCAGUCUGUGUGGCUCUUUGAAAAAGAACCACUUGAUCGUAUCAAAGAAGUUGAUGGAACAGAAACUGUAAUUUCUCGUGAAGAAAUCCCAAAAGCUGAUGUGAAAACCACAACGUGGCUGUUUGAAAGCACACCCCUAACAGAGUUUAACGAAAGCAGUGUGGAGAGAACAGAGAUCAUUGGUAAGAGCAUCAAGACAACCCUAGAAGAGCUUUAUUCUCAGAAAAUGGUUGAGUCACAGGGCAUUCUGAUUGAGGCAGAUGAGAUUGGAGAUGUCAGAAUGGCAAAGUACAAGCUUCUGAACCAGGAGACUCCACAGAUCCAGAGAGAGGAGGCUAUACGUGGAGACUUGAACAAUAUUAUGAUGAACCUGCUCAAUAGACGUGAGACGACAGAAAAAGGAAUCACCAUAGAUAUUGAGGAAAGAGGAAACAUUACCUCAGCUGUCCAACAGCUAUUUAACCAAGAGAGGACUGCUAGUGUGGAGGAAAAGGAGAUUAUCAGAGGAGACAUUCAAGAGGCUAUAAAUAACUUACUGAAGCAGGAAGGAUCUGCAAAACGUGGUAUUUUGAUUCAAGAAGAUGAGAAAGGGGAUGUAAAAAUGACCAUAUACUCACUUUUAAACAAUGAAAGUGGUAGCAAUGUUGAGAAAGAGGACAUAAUCAAAGGAAAUGUCCGUGGGACACUACAUAGGCUGCUGGGGAAUGCAGAUUCUAAAGACAAGUCCUCUAAGAUAACCGUGGGAGAAACAGAAAGAGGAAAUGUUAGUUUUUAUUCUACAUGCAUUGAGUCUGGGGCACUUGACUACCUUAGACAACUUCAGAUUGGGUCUGACGAGACUGAGGAAAAAGUGAAAGAAACAAUUAUUGGAGGUGAUGUAGAACAAACAAAACAAAUUCUUAGAAGGAGCCAGCAGACAGUUGGCAGAACCAUUGCUGAAGAUGAUAUUGUUCCAGGUGAUGUUCAUAACACAGUACAGGUGUUUAUGAUGGAACCUGUAUUUUCUCUAAAUAAUGUGCAGAAAGAGGAAAUUGUAAAAGGAGACUUAAGGACAGCCCUUGACUCUCUCACACAAGCUGUAAACCAACGUGUUGUCAUUGAAAAAGAGGAGAUAGUUAAAGGAAACAUCAGCACAACUCUUAAGUCACUUGAGGAUGCCCAGAAUCAACUUAAAGACAUAGAAAAACCCGAAAUUGUUCCUGGGGACAUUAGGUGUGCAUUAGAAUCUCUUGAGAAAUCAACAUCUGCAAAAACUGAAGUAUUUAUUGAAGAUGUUGUUGCUGGGGAUAUUAAAGGUACCUUGAAAUCUUUGGAAGAGGCAAAGCAAGCAGUGAAAGAGGUAGAGAAAGAAGAGAUUGUUAAAGGUGACAUCCAGACUGCUCUACUUGGUCUUCAAGAGGCUUCAACUGAAAAGAAAGUCUAUCAGCAUCAAGUAAGUGAACAAGGUGAUGUGAGAGGAACAAUUCAGCUCUUAAUGGAGCCUGCCUCAUCCCCACAUAUGCAAAGGAGGCCAAGUGCAGAGGGUGACAUUAAAUCCUCCAUCAAAUCCUUGUAUGAACAGGAGCAAAUACAAAUUGAGAAAGAAGAGGUGCUUAAGGGAGAUGUCCAGGGUACAAUUAAAUCCUUAAUGAAGAAGAAAGAGCAAUCAAGUUAUAAAUCAAAAAUGAAUCCUCAUAAGAAAGCAAAAGUUAAGAAUCCACUUCCCCAACAAGCUGCCUGUGAAUGCCCAGCUAAGCCGAUUCCUGAGGAAAAGCCAGCAAAUCCACCUCCAGUGAAAAACAUGCCACAUAGCAGUAUGCAAAAAACAUUACAGGUUGGCACCUCAGAAGGCAAAAUGUCUUCAGAGGAGCAUUGUUUUACUACUAAAGCGAUGACUACAGUUGGUCACUCUGAGUCUUCCCAAGUCUCUAAGAAUAUUAAUUUUAAAGAGCAACAUUUUAAACAGAAACACAACACUCCUAGUCCUGUUGUAAUAAAGAAAAAGAAUAUUGGGGGUCAGGUAAGUGAGAAGAAAUCUGAAAAUACAGCUGUGUCUUCGGCUAUGAGUGUAUCAAAGGAGGUUUCUCAAGCUAAAACUAGCAUGAAGCAAACUGUGGAGACAAAUACAGUUACACAGGUUGAGACAACUAUAACAACAAAACAAUCCAGCAUAACCCAGAAGCAGAAUAUCAAGAAUGUAAAAUCAGAGCAAAAUGUUAAGAGCCUACACCGCAAUCUCAAUCCCAAAGGAAUGAUCAAAAAAGUAAAGCCUCAGCCAGAGAUUCAGUUUCCACCACCUCCAACCUCUCCACCACCUCCAUCUGAAUCAGAGCUCUCUCUGCCUCCCCCUCCAUCUCCAGUGGCGGAAAGUGAUGUCCAGCCAGUCCUCUUACCACGGCCUAAUCUGGUCAUGAGACAGGACAGUGACCUACCCCCUCCACCACCUCCACCCCCCAUAAUGGAGGCAGAGACAGAAUUCUUUCCACCACCUCCUCCACCUCAAGACCUUCUCCCACCUCCACCUUCCCAGCAGGAACUAAGCUCCGUCACUCAAUCUGAAAAGCCAAAAGGCCGACCUUUAUUCAAGAUUCCCAAACCAGGGCCUCCCAAAAAACCAGAGCCUCCCAAACAACCAGAACCACCAAAGUUCAAAUGGCAGAAAAAGCAAACUGUCCCAACUCCACCACCUCCCCCAGCUCCUCCAUCAGUGGUAGAGCAGAGUAAAAUAGCUCCAUCUAACACAGUUACUGAAACUACAGAAAACAUCAACAAGCAAAAAGGAAUGGGUAAAACAAAUGAGCCUUCAGUCCCAUCUGUUUCAAAAGCUUCAAUGAUACAUUUGCAACAGCCAGCAACUGAGGAACCACCACGCCCUGUAAAGGCAUUUGUUCCAAUCAAACUCCCACCUCCCCCUGAACCAUUGGCACCAAAACAAAGACCUACAAGUAAAUUUAAAACACCACUCAUGUUGGCAGAGGAAAGAUACCGCAAAGAAAGAGAGGAGGCAGAAAAGAGCAAGGGAGUGUGCACUCCCACCUCGCCUCCAGCUACUACACCAACAGAGGUCAGUGAAAUAAAGGCUAAAGCAGAGCCAAGCACACAGAAAGUUGAGCAGUCUCAAAUUACUGUUGAGACCCAACAAGUACAAUUUAACAAACCAGAGCCACAUCAGAAGCCAGCCAUGCUGCAAAAAGACACAGCAGAGAAUGUUGCUUCCUCUGAAAGUCUGCAGCCCCCUCCAAAGCAAAUGCCAAUAAGCAGACCAACAUUUCUCAAAGUUGGAAAGAAGACAACCACAGAAUCAUCUUUUGUUAAGAAACAGGAAUUGGCCACUGCUUCUUCAGAAAUUAAAAGCCAUCUUGCCCCUGUUUCUGAGAAGGUUGAAAGUAUGAAAGCUCACUCAGUACAGUGCGAUGGGAUCCAGGCCAGAGAAAGUUUUCAGAGUCACAUUACUUUUUCUGCACAAGCAGAACAGAAUAAGAGCAUAGAGAGUGUUGUGGCCCCAGAAGUCAAGAAGGUUCCCACUCAACCCACUAAGAUCCCAAAAGUGACCCCUAGCUUUAAGGUGAAAACAUUUAAGAUGCCUAAAGUGGAAACCUUAGAGAAGCAGGAGCAGGGAAAAGAUGCAGUUCAGAAUGAGCAAACUAUCACAGAGGCAAGAACACAUGUCUCACAAGUGUGCACAGGACAGGAGAGCUUUCAGAAAUCUACCAGUGCUGUUGAAAAAGUCGAAGUAAAAGUUGAAAAAAAGGAAGAAAUCAGACAAGCCAAGCAAGAUGCAAAAAUAGAGGUCCAAAUGAAAAAACAAAGACAAGCAUCAUUUAAACAGCCACCACCUGUGGCACCAAAACCAUCAGUUGAGAUGCAUCAAAUGCCACCAUCUAUUGAGGUACAUCAUGGACAAGGGCAGAUGGCAGUCUUUCAUUCCCAUCAAGCAGCGAAAGAGGAACAUGUCCAGAUUAAAGAAGAGAGAAUGAUCAGUCAAAGUACAGUUCAACAACAGGUCACUCAACAAAAAGAUAAAUUCCAGAUCAAGAAGCAACUAAAGUCUCUACCACGUCCCCCAAGCAGAGAGGAAUUCAUUAAGCAAUCAAUACAGACAAAAGAACAUGAUAAAACUGAGGUUAUAGAAUCAAAGGAUUUAGGUAAAAGUGUAACAAUAACUGAAAGCGCUCAUGCACAGAAAUAUGAGGAGGUUCAGAAGUUGCUGAGUUACAUUAAAGAGUUAGAGGGAUCCCCUGGAAAAAUUAACCCAAAGACAGUAAAGACCAUGCUGAGUAUAGUUCCUGAUUGGCUAGUUGGUUCUGAGGAGAAGGCUAGUAUGUACCGCACUCAGUACAACAAGCAGAAAAUGACAGAGGUCAUUGUCUACGUAAAAAACCUUGCCCAGUCUCAAAUAAUUUUUUUAGAUGAACGUUUGUCUCUUUUGGAGAUGCCAAAGAUUGAACCAGCACAGGAAAAGAAAAUUUUUGGUGGUGCCACACAGAAAAUAUCUAAAAUUACUAUUGGCUCUGCAAAAGUAGAGACUAAGAAAAAAUUAGUGGAAGAGAAGAAAACUGAGAACCAGAGUGAGUCAAAGACUACAGAGCUCAAAAUGCCCCUCGAGCUAAGAAUGCGGACACCGUCACCAACAUUUAUCUCUAUUGAGUCGGCCAAGAGGACAGACUCUCCCUUAAGAGUGACCCCAUCACCUCCUCUUUCAUACAGGUCAGGCAGCACUGCAACACCUCCACCUCGCUGGUCAGAUGCAUCGAUACGCCUAAACCAAUCCACGCCCUCCCCCACAAUGAUUCGAUCUGAGAAGCUAGCCAAACUAAGAGAUACAACAGCCAAACUUUCUCAAGGCAUGAUCCCACCACCCAUGCCUUUGCCUGAGCACAUGAUGAUGGCUCAAACAGACUCAGAGGGGUCUCGGUCCUCCAGCCGUACAGAGAUUAACAUUGAUACACACAUGAUGGAAUCAUCUCUGAUGGAUACCACAGAGGCUCACGGGGACUCUAUGAUGUCUGUUAAAGACAAGCUUGAAUUCUUUGAGGAAGCUCAGAAAGCUGAGGGUACCAGGAUGUAUAUGCGCAAGGAUCCGAUUGACAUCCCAGAGCGUCUUGGACCGGAUACGGAAGAUGGUGAGCCAGUGAUCCACAGAUCCAUAGAUGCUCAUGAGAGGAUGUUAGAAGACCUGCCCAAGGUUGACCUGUCCAAGCUUGUUAACAAGUUUGAGUCUCCACAGCCUAAGGUUUAUGUUCGUAGGGAGCCUAUAGUAAUUGCAGAAAGACUCGAAAGUGACACAGAAGAUACUGAAACUGAGAAAAAGACAACCAUAGUUGAGGAGAUACCAAGCUUUGAUAUUAAGGCCCUCAAAAAUGUCUUUGAAAUGGGUGAUCAAGCCCACCAGUACCUAAGGGAAGAGAGAAAGAAUCUUGACAAGCAGGAAGAAUCUGCUGAGCCCACAGGGUUCUCUGAAACUAGAUCUGUAACUGAGCACUUCUCUACUGUAGAUGAGUUCGGAAAUGCUGUGACAGGCUCAAAAACCGAGAUGACCUCCCACUCUCAGAAUGUGACAACCCGUGGUGAUCCACCAACUUAUGCAGAUGUAGUAAAAGGGAAAGUUCCUGUCCUGGACGUUCCACCUGAGGCCUCCGCAGAAGAAUUACUAAAAAGCUUCCAGCAGACGUGGGCAGAGAGUGAAAAUGUCUUCAAGAACUUGGGUUUCAGUGUGUCUGAACAGCACAGAUCGCAGAGUGUUUCACACCAUCACCAGACUGUUGUAACCGAAAAUACGGGUGCCAGAGUCCGAACUGUGUCGGGUAUGUCGGAAGAGGGUGUAUCCCAUGGAGUCUCUCAUAGCCGACAAGCAAAACUUCCAUAAAAGCUGUUUUAGAUGUGCCCACUGCAGCAGCCAGCUAAGCCUUGGAACCUAUGCUUCUCUCCAUGGACGGAUGUACUGCAAGCCACACUACAAACAACUUUUCAAGUCUAAAGGCAACUAUGAUGAAGGGUUUGGAGAAAGGCCCCACAAGGAACUUUGGUGUACAAAGAAACAGGAA